CCUUUGCCGGCUGCCCAUUGGUCGCUAAGGAGGAAGAUGCGACGGCCAUGGAGAAUGGACAGGGGACUUUUCAAAGCAUCCCACUGAUGUGAUUCAUAAUGUCAGAUUAAUGUGCAUGCAUUGACUCUUCCCGGCAUGUAGUGUGAGGCUUGUGGACCUGUGCCUGCUGGACUCGGCUCGGUUUCGGUGUUUCUCGUGGUUUGUUUUUGCUCCUGUGGAUCGCUUCAUGUGAUGUCGGGCCCGUCGCGCUGCUCUGCAGGUGAAGUCACUCCCUAGAAAUGUAGCUCGGGGUUACAACACUGGUCCAGUUAUCACUGAAGGUAUUGCUGUGUGAACGAUGCAUGAGCGAUGUCUGAUGUUGAGGCCACGUACGCAGACUUCAUCGCCUCUGGCAGGACAGGACGCAGGAACGCCAUGCACGACAUCCUGCAGAGUCCCACCGACCCCGAGGGACGUGAACUGCCCCUCACCCUGUCCCUGUCCCAGCUGCACAUCAACACAGGAGGGGGAGAUGGAGACGACACUGAGGACAGCCAGAGCUCCUCUUCCUCCUCGGCCCACAGGGAUGCUGAGCAGAGGAACAGCUAACCUGCCACACGCUCCUGCCAGUGGGCAGAGAGUCGCGAAAUGCAUUCCAGUCGCCACUCGAAUGAAGACAUUUGUCCAAAGCGGGCUGGUAGCCGGAGGGUAGCACCACCAAUGUUGAGGUGCCUACAAGCAGGGCACUGACCCCCCAAAGUCCACUGUUAGAGGCGCUGUGCUGCGAUGUGAUCACCCAGUGCUGUCAUGUCCCUGUAGCUCUGCUGUGCACUAGAAUAAAGGACUGCUGGCAGGGGUGGAGUAAACAGAGAGACACAUUUGUAGCUCUUGUACAGCUGAUUUUACUUUCAGUCGUAGUUACUAAACACACAGGCUGGAUGACUCGAAUCAAAAGAGAAAAUAGACAGAGAACCUAUGUGAGUUUUGUAGUUGUGCAAGCAGUCUGUAAGACCACUGAGACGUACUGAUGUAAUGGCUCACAGUGGGAGUAGCAUGUUUGUAGUGAUGCUGAUAGAGAUUAUAUUGCCAGUUAAUGGCUUGUGGUUCCUUUAAAUUGACAAUAAUGUAGAGGGAAAUGACUGCUCUUUAGUAGAGCUGGAAAACACCAUGAGGAAAAACACCAGGGCUAUAUAUGCUGUAUGAUUCAAAAAACAUGAGACUGCAGCACAUGGGGACGACGGUGUGAUGGUUCUGUUGACACCAGCUUCAGUUAAUAAUACAUCUACAGUGCGUAUGGAUGACAUAUUUCAAUAGCUCGGUGGUUAUAAAAACGACGAUGGCGUGCUAUCUUUUAAAAUGUUUAUACUUUUGUUUUUUUACUUUUGUAAUGACGUCAUUAUAAUCACAACCUUACAGGAGUGCCUUGGCAUUUUGGGAAAUGAUGCUUGACGAGUUAUAUGAG